AUGGUGCAGACCGUGCAAGUGGCAGUACUGGGGGCGCCUGGAGUUGGGAAGACCUCCAUCAUCCGGCAGUUUGUAGCCCAGGAGUUCCAGGAGGAGUACACUCCAACAGAGAGCAGGCAUCUGUACCGAGCCUCUGCUGUGCUAAGCGAGAGGAUGUAUGAGCUCCUAAUCCUGGAUUUACCAUACCUGCCAAGAUACCCAGGCUCUGCAGGACAGGAGUGGUUGGAUCCACGAUUUCGGGGUCUCCAGAACAGCAGGGUCUUCAUACUGGUCUUUGAUAUCUGUAGCCCUGAGAGUUUCCACCAUGUAAAGCAGUUAAGGCAGCAAAUCAUAGAGAGAACCAGCAAACCCGCACUUAUCGUGGUGGUUGGGAACAAGAGAGACCAGCAGAAGCAUCGCUUUGUACCACGCCACCUUCUGUCUAUUCUGGUAAAGAAGAGCUGGAAAUGUGGCUACUUGGAAUGUUCCGCUCGAAACAACUGGCACAUUCUGCUACUUUUCAAGGAACUACUCAUUAGUGCCACGACAAGAAGCAGGAGCAACACACCCAGCAUCUGCCUGCAGGGGGCGCUUCACAGAGAGCGGUGCAGUGUUAUGUGA